AUGGCAGCAACCGUUCAAUCAUCUUUCUGGCUUCUCUUUGGUGGAUUUGGCUGCACCGCAACAACUUGUGCUUCAAUAACGAGCUGUCUUGGCACUCCAAUUCGUGCCAGUUAUGGAGGUUUAAUCCGCAACAGUGCAUGGCUAUUUCUAAAGGGGUUUUUCGGAUUUAUUCAAGCCUCAACCUGCAUUCUUCAAGCUGAGCUCACCGCAAUCCUUGAAGGACUUCGCCUGGCAUUGAACAUGGGAAUUGAGGAGUUAGUCUGCUUCUCAGACUCUCAGCUUUCAGUAAAUCUCUUUUCAGGAGACGUUUCUAAAUACCAUGUCUAUGCGGUGAUAAUCCAAGAUAUCAAGGAUAUAAUAGCUUCCCAUAACUUCCGUAUCUUUCACACUCUUAGAGAAGGAAACCAUUGCGCAGAUUUUUUAGCCAAGCUUGGAGCCUCGUCAAAUGCAGCUCUCUUGGAGCACGAGGCCCCUCCUCUUGAUCUGAUCCGCAAGCUUAAAAUUGAUGCUAUGGGAACCUGCUUCCUAAGAGCUUAA